AUAGUUCCCUCGGAUAUUCAGGCGCGAGGUUCUGAGGCAACUGAAGCCUACAACAACGCUCUCAUGGACGGGAAAGCAUAUAUUAAAAGAGUACCAAUCAUGAUAAUCGGGAAGGGUCGAACCGGGAAAACUAGUCUAAAGAAAUCUCUAAAGGGAGAAAAGUUCGAUCCAAAGGAACAAAGCACAGAAGGAAUAGAGACUGAUCCUUCAUACUUCAAAGUUUCGACGGAAAUUUGGAGAGCAGGCGAGAAUAACAACAAUAAAACUGAUCCUGGGUCAGAGGAUUUUUUCGAGCACAGUAUCGCACAGUCGAUAUUUGGUGCAUUAAAAAAUGUCAAAAUGGCUCAGAGUCCCCCCUUAAAGGAACCAAGCAAUGAUAGCUCUGAGACAUCAAUUACGGACUCAAAAUCGAGCCAGAGACACGUUAAAGAAGAAAUACCAGAAAGUAUAGCAACAAGGGUGGAAAGACUUCUACAAAAUAAUGAAAAUGUUGAAGAAGAGGAAGAAAUAUUUUCCAUUCUAUGGGAUUUUGGUGGACAGUCCGUUUACUAUGCCACCCAUCCAAUCUUUCUAACAGAGAAAGCCAUCUAUAUUUUAGCUUGCGACCUAAGUCGUAAUCCCUACGAUAAAGCAGACACUCUAGUCAGAAAAGGACUCUAUAGGAACAAAGAAGACACUUGCUGCAACAACACAAACAUAGACUAUCUUGACUUUUGGCUGUCAUCAGUUUAUUCUUUGGUCAGUCCAGAAGCUCUUGGUCAGGACUCCUCUGAGUCCCACACCUCAUCUGCAAGAUUGCCUCCAGUUUUUUUGGUGUGUACUCAUGCAGAUGAACCUUACAGUAAAACCACCGAUCCUAGCGAUUUGGCGCUCGAUAUCUAUGGAUUUCUCCGAACCAAGCCUUAUGAACACCAUUUGUUCAAGGACGUCUUUGUUGUCGACAACACGAAGUCAGGGAACAUAAACGAGUGCCAAGAGGUAGUGCGCCUUAGAGAAGAAUUACUUUCUGUUGCCCAAGGUCUUCCUCAGAUGAAGGAGGCCGUUCCAUUAAAGUGGUUAAGGUUUGAACAUAUUCUCCGGCUUUUACGCGACGAUCACUACAAAUUGAUGGCCAUUAGUGAAGCAAGGCAGAUUGCCACUGAUAAAUGCGGGAUUGACGACGAUCAACAAUUCAGGACUAUGCUUGACUUUUUGCAUGAUCAGAAGGUUAUAAUUCAUUUUACGGAAACAAAAGAACUUAACAACUUGGUAAUUUUGGACCCCCAGUGGCUCAUUGAUAUGUUCAAGAAAGUAAUCACUAUUAGGCGUUACAAGCAUACAGAAGACAACGUUGAACGGUUUUGGCGCAAGCUGCAGGAGACUGGAAUCUUGGAUGAAAGACUCCUUGAUCACGAGUGGAAACAGUUGAUUGAUAAAUACAGUAAAGAAACAGUUAAGAGCCUCAUCGCGAUAAUGGAAAGAUUCAGCUUGCUCUGUCCCUGGCCAUCUGACGGAGAAAACAUACAAUACCUUGUGCCAUCCAUGUUGAUGUCACCCCCUACAAAUGACCUCCUGGAGCUCCUUGCUUCUGUGAGAACGCCUUCACUUUUUGUGAGGUUUGAAGUAGGUCGAGUGCCUCCAGGCCUGUUCACGCGACUAGUACUACAGUUUUACCAAUGUUGUCACGAAGAGUGGAAGAGCCAGAUACAACCCCAGCUGUUCAGGAAUUUUGCUCGGUUCCACAUCCUUCCCGAUGAAGGAACGUCUGUCAUUAUCAUGGCCCAUUCGUCCUCUAUCGAAAUCGUUGUUCACGAUGGAAGCGAUAUUUCGGAAGCAAAUGCUGGUUGUAAUCCUGGUCUGACAACAAGUCGUAAAAUGCAUUUUCAACUGAGACUGAUUCUCGAGCGCAUGCGCAGAGAGUUUAGCUGGCUGAAGUACAUGAGAUACGAAAUGUGCAUCUGCUGUCCAGUGUGUUCGCAGAAAGGUUCUGUAAAAUGUCGUUCUCAUGACGUGCGCGGCUGUGAGUGUCUUCACUUGUUGUCAGAAUCAGAGCUGCUAAAAUGCAAGUAUUGCACUCGACCUGGUCUUCGUGGAGAUUGCAGAAUUCGCAUCAAAAUGUUUGCACCUUGGUUUACAUUUUCAGACCCUAACGAGAGCAGGACUCUAGUUAAUCAGGUGAAUUUCUGUCUUUCGCCAAACACUUUGUAUAUCUGUGCACAGUUAGUUUAUAGUCCUAGAAUACCACUACAACUACUGAAACAAUCUCUUUAAAAUCUUGGAUAUACGCAAUGAAAGCAUAAGGUAUUUCAGGCUGAGUAGAAGGCAUAUAUCUUGUCUCCAUGACCUGAGUUUACCAUAGCGGAAAACAACAGCAACAGCAAAAGCAAAAGUUAGGGUUUUCAAAAUGCUUAUUCAGAAUUAUUUUAUUGUGUAUCAUUUUUUAUCAGAAAAGUGCAUCUGGAUGCAGUGAUGUGGGAGAAAGAAUUUCUGAAACUUACCAAGAAGGUGAGAACACGGUUAAAUCAUUUUACACAAGUCAGUUGUAAAUUUCCAAUUCUGUUCGUUGUCUUGUAUAUUUUAUUUUUUUGAAAUCAAUUUUUAAUAGCAGACACUCGGAGUUUUCUAAUGUAACAUGUUUCUUUAAUUUCUAGAGAACUCUCUUGCUCUUCCCCGUGAUGUUCUUCAGUGCAUUCAGUCUCAGCAGAGCGACCCCAAGGAAAUUGUAGCUCGCUUUCAAGAAUGUCUGAAGUUAAAUCCAGCAGAUCUGGAAAAUCCAGUGCCUGAGACGAAAAGAAGGAUUCGGUGUCUCGCUAAUAAAGCUAAAUCUCAAAACAGAAUCGACGUAAUUGAGUAUCUAAGGACGAUAGCACCUGCCGGUACUACAGGUACGUCCAUAACAAUAACACACUAUGUUAAAGAGAAAGGAAAGUUUCGCUCUAUUUGAAAGUUUUGGCCUGCUACCUACUGGUCGCGUAGACCAAGCUUGUGAAGACGGACGGCGAAGAUUAAUUAGUUGUUUUGUCAGGACUUGUGUCUUAUUUUAAAACCCACGUUGAAAAUUAAAGGAUGAUGAAGACGAUAAAGAAGCUUCCUCCUCUCUUGUUCAAGGCAUUCAAGUGCAUGUUGUGUGCCUACAUUGAUGACUAUGGCAAUGAUUUUGUUCGUGACUAUUCGCCCGGAUUCAGUGCUGCUCACUGAGAUUCCACAUUAAUUUAAACAGGUGUUCGAAGAUGUUUUGAAUGAUUUACCUGUACCUAUAGUACUAUCUUUAAUAAGUAGUAAAGCUUACUCGAAAGUUCUGCGACUCACCUUCCUCAAUCUUUAUUACACAAGUAGUCUCUUACAUUUAGUAUAAUGUGUUAUUACCACCACUGUCUAGAGAGACACUUCCCGCAAGUAGUAGAUGAGAGGUUUUUGCGUCAUCUUUCAAGCAAGACGCGGUACGUUUUUUUUCUGUUUUUGACAGUAACCACCUCAUUUUCAAUUUGCCGCCUUUAGAUCUUCAAAAUAUGUUCAUGUUGAACUUAACCGACUUCACUUUCAAAUACAGUGAGAUAUUUGUACUCGUUUUGGGCGUUAUUUGUACUCUACUGAGUGAAGUUGAAUAAUAAAUAUAUCUUAUUGGACGGUUUAGUGUGUAUGGUCGUGGGAUAUCUUUACUCGUCUCAAAAAAAUAUCCCACGAUACUACUACAGACUACACUGUCCAACAAGAUAUAUUUAUUUACACUAUGUUGUUUGGUAAACAGGUCCCUUGUUGAAAGAGAACCUUGAUGUGCGUUGUAUUCCCUUUAAAGUGAGAAAGGACCUAACAUUUCAACUUUCUGGUAAG